UAUUUAAAGAGCAAGCCAUCUCCUCCGCCAGAGUUGCUUGGUGGCAUGUGCCUCUUUGCUUGGUUCAAUUCACUUGCAAAUCCCAAGCCUUUUGCCUUCUUCUUCUACGACUCCUUAAAAAUCCUCCCUAUCUUUCUAUUUAUGUAUAUAAUGCAUGCCAAGCUGAGAACUUUAAUUGGUUCGUGAGGAUCAUCAUAGUUUUGGGAACCCUAUUUAAUGCAUGUGGAUUAGCGUAUGAUGGUGGGUUAGAGGAAUUUAUCAUUACCCAGAAACCAAAAGUCUAUGAAGUCUGGGAAAUGUCGUUGGAGGGCUAAUUUUAUCCCCAAAAAAAUUGAAUCUUUUCCGAUGGUUUUGAUGGGAUUUCAGUGGGUACAAGUAGUGUGAGCUGAUCUUCGGGAAUUCUUGUUCUGGGACUUGGUUUGAUUUACUUUGAAAAGUAGGAGGUGGAUGAUACUAAAUAUGGCCAAGUGCUCAAAAUAGGGGCUCUCUUUCUCUCCCUAUAUUAGUUGUUUUCACUUAUUCAAAUCAUGCCUUUAUCGGAGUUUUACAAAAUGGCUAGAGGGAGCCUUGAAUCUGCCCAGCAGAGAACAACCGCAACUUCUUCAGCUGAUCUAUCUCAUCUACCUGGAAAUGAACAUGUUGAACUGGUAUGGGAUAAUGGUCAGAUUGUGAUGCAAGGCCAAUUCACUAGAGCUAGAAAAACAUCUAGUUCUAUUGAUUUUCAGUCUCAAACCCCGAAAGUACGAGAUAAAGAUCGGUUGAAUGCUACCCAUUCAAAGAUGGGAAAAUUUGGGGUAAUGGAUUGUGUUUUGAAUGACUUUGCAUCGGCGGUGCCUUCAGGGGAAAUGGGUUUGGACCAAGAUGAUGACAUGGUGCCUUGGUUGAACUAUCCCCUUGAUGAGUCCAUACCACACGAUUACUGCUCCGAUAUAUUGCCUGAAUUAUCCGGUGUUACAGAAAAUCAGAUCUCUAGCCAUACUAGUUUUGCCACAAACAAGAGAGGUAGUUAUAACCGGACAACUAGGGGUUCAAAUUAUGUACAGAAUGGUUUAGGCUUAGAACACGAAAAUGCAGCCAAGGUUUCUUCAGAAAUUGGUGAGGGUUCAGGAUCAAGGAUUUCCCAUUUCUUUCCGUGGUCAUUCCAAGAAAAUCAAACAUCACUUCCCUCUCUCAAAUCAGGAGUUUCAAGCAUUAUUAGCAACAAUAUCACCAAUACCAAACAUGCUUUUUGUGGGGAUCCCAGUACUGGUGUAAAGAUUCAGAAGCAAGAUUCAGUAUUGCCCAACACCAACUCUGGUAUUAUGAACUUCUCCCACUUCUCAAGACCUGCGGCUCUUGUCCACGCUAGCCUUCAAAAUGUAAGUGCUAUCGCCUCUCCCAUUACAUUAGGCAUAGAAGGAAUGGGAGGUAAGAAUAAGGGCCCUUCUCUAAGUAGCACCAAUUUUGCUGAGUCCACACCUAUCAAUUUGAGUAGUGGAUUGAGCAAGGGAAUGGAUUCUAAUAGCCAACCUAAUUCAGUGCCACCCAAGGUGGAUUCCGUAGUGGUGGGCAAUCCGAUCGAGGAGUUGCGUGCUGCUGAACAAUCUGAAGCUGUUUGUCGAGAAGAUGUUGUUAAGAAUGACAAGUUGUGUAGUCAAGUUGUUGGGGAGAAGACAGUAGAGCCAGUAGUGGCUUCAUCGUCAUUAUGUUCUGGAAAUAGUGCAGAGAGAGCUUCUAAUGAUCUGACACAUAAUUUGAAGAGGAAAUGUCAAGAGACUGACGACUCUGAAGGCCAUAGUGAAGAUAUUGAAGAAGAAUCAGUGGGUAUAAGAAAGGCGGCUCCUGUUCGACGAGGUACAGGUUCCAAAAGAAGCCGAGCAGCAGAAGUUCACAAUUUAUCAGAAAGGAGGCGAAGGGAUAGGAUCAAUGAAAAGAUGCGUGCAUUACAAGAACUCAUUCCAAACUGCAACAAGGUGGACAAAGCUUCAAUGCUUGAUGAAGCCAUUGAAUAUUUGAAGACACUUCAACUUCAAGUACAGAUGAUGUCUAUGGGAGCUGGGAUGUAUAUGCCAUCAAUGAUGUUUCCAGCAGGAAUGGCCCAACUGCAUGCAGCUCAUAUGGCCCAUUUCUCGCCCAUGGGAAUGGGUUUUGGGAUGGGAAUGAUGGACAUGAAUGGUGGAUCACCUGGGUGCCCCAUGAUUCAGGUUCCCCCCCUUCAUGGUGCACAUUUCCCUGCGCCACGUCCCGCACCCAUUUUUGCGCCCACUAGUUUCCAAGGGAUGGCUGGACCUAAUUUUCAGGUUUUCGGGCAUCCAGCACCAUGGGUGCCUUUUUCAGGGGUGCCUCCAAUUAAUUCAGCCAUUGAACUGAAUGCCACUGGAAUGGCUGCCCCCGCCCCCGUGGAACUUCCAAAUUCAGCUCCAUCGUCAAACCCAAAGGAUUUGAUACAGAAUGCUAACUCACAAAUGAUGCACAAUGCCAAUGCCCGUACCUCAAUGAAACGCACAUCUACUCAGUGUCAGGUGUCGAAUACUGGUUUCGGACAGUCUUCUUUGGUGUAUAGAAGUGAUCAAGCUGCAGAUGAUGUCUGCCGUGAUGACAUGAACUUGACUAAGGAAGCUGACGUUCUACUUAGACCAGGUUGUGAAUGAAAUGGAUGCGGAACCUUGUCAUCAGAGAAGUGGAACCCUCUUGCGGUCUAUUGCAUUCGAACCAGUUUUUUGUUGCGCAGCUAUCUGAGUUAUGGUCCCGUGUCUGACGGAGUUUGGUUCGGUUAGAAAGCGUGUAAAAGAGUUUUCAGAAUGAGGUUUUGGUAUAUUUGAAGGAGGGACUUGAAAUCUUUCUUUCCUGUGUGUGUACAUUAACAGCUUGUAUGGAUAAGCGUUUAACCAUUCUUUGAAUUAAUGAAACCAAAAUAGCUAUCUCCCAAUA